GUUAUUAAAACUAUUAUGAAACGAAUGAACAACAUGGUACCCAUUGCACCUGCAGCCAAUACAGUAUGCUCUCAACAAACAGACGAUCCAUAUAGAAAAAAACGCACCAGAGCUAAACGUAGUUGUGACCAUUGUCGUAAAAGGAAAACCAAAUGCGAUGCAGACGUCAGGCAACCGUGUACAAAAUGUACACAUGCCAAUGUGACAUGUGAAUUCUUGGUCGAGCAGAAAAAAAGGGGCCCUUCUUCAGGUGGUUAUAUCGAAUUGCUUGAAAACCGCUUAUUACGGAUGGAGAAACUGAUAAAGAACAUGGAAAAAGGCAAGGGCAUGGACCAUGAAGGAGAAGAUGGAGAAGAAGAAGAAUCUGGCGACGAUUUUAUUAGAAACCAUCCGUCUUCUUCUUCCUCCUUUUCUUCGCCGCCGCGAUAUGAAGAGGAUGAGAUUGAUGUUGCACCAAUUAUUAAAUGCAAAGCUCUACUGGCUAGUCUUGCAGAAAAAGACUACGAAAAUAUAGACCAACAAAUGGACAAAUUGACUAUAUCAGACUAUCAGCGUACACGCUAUAUUGGUGCCAGUUCAGGCGUUCAAUUCUUAGAGGAUGGUUUUCUUCGAGCCAAUGUGAAACACCCUUUACCGGAUGAGCCUUCUUGGUUUGUGCAGAAACUGAAUGAGGAGGAAGAUGAGCACGUUUUUAUGAAAUCAAAGGAAGUUUUAUUGCCAUCUGAAUCAAAAGAAGAGUUUCAAUCCAAUCGCAUAGAAAUAUUUGAAGAUACCCCCUAUAUAACUCAAGAAAUAGCUGACUAUAUCGUUCAUUUAUACUUUACUAGAAUCCAUAUCUAUUGCCCGAUUAUUAACAAGACUCAGUUUCUUGAACAGUACUAUUUUCAUAACCCAACACCUCCGGAUAAAUACCUGUUAUUCGCAAUUACAUGUGUCGGCACGACCAUCUUCUCGCCCGAAAUCUUGAACAUCCAAAGCUUUGAUUUGACCCCUGAACAAUUGGAAGAAAUGGGCAGCUAUUUAAAAGAAAAAGCUCAUCAAAUACUAAAUAUUGUAUACAAGCGGCCCAUGAUCAGUACAGUCCAAUCUUUAAUGAUCCUUAGUAUGUUUGUUAGUCACGAUACGGACGAAGAAGAUACGGCGCAUUGGCUAAUCACAGGCAUGGCCAUCCGUAUGGCACAAGACCUAGGUCUUCAUCGUGAUUGCUCUAAAUGGAAAAUUCCAGAUUAUGAAAUUGAGCUACGAAAACGACUUUGGUACGCAGCGUAUUUGAUGGACCGAUGGGUUGCAGCGGAAUUAGGUCGGCCCGUGUCUAUUAUUGACCAUGAAUUCGAUGUCGAGCUACCUACACCUUACGAACUCAAUUCUCCGUCUAAACAUAGAGAUAUCACACCCAUCUUGAUUCUAGAGGCCGAAUCCUCUUUAAAGCAAAAAAUACCAGUGUAUUCUGGAUUUAUUUAUCUCAUCACAUUGUCCCAAAUUGCCGGUCAAGUUUUAGUGGGCUUUCAUUCGACACGUGGAAAACACAAUCGCGAAAACAAUCAAGAUUUACUAAAAAUUCUGGAGUCUAAUUUAACUAACUGGAAAUUAUCACUGCCGAAAGAAUUAAGACUAGAUCUUACUGUGUCACGUACCGAUAUAUUUUAUGCGCAGGCAUGUGUAGUGAACAUGGCUUGCGACUGUGUUUGGAUAUUAUUAUAUCGAUCUUUUAUCAAGCAUAACAAGGAUCAGCCUGAGAAUAUGGGUUUGGCUGUCAAGGCAUUAAGUAUAUGUACAGCAUGUGCCGUGAAUCUCAUAGAUAUUGUGGAAGCUGUGGAAUACCACGCAUUUGUUUCUUUACCCUGGAACAUGGCUGUCUAUGCUGUAUUUCAGGCUGCUAUUAUCUUUCUACACAAUGCCAAGGGAGAAAAUGCUUUCUUGAGAGAGCAAGGCAAACGCAACUUAAUACGAUGUUCUCGCGUAUACGAUGAGGAUCCGUACCUUCGAAAGACGCGAGUUGUCCAUGUUCUGCUGCACGUCGUUUCCAAUUUUGAGGUCAAUAUGAACUCACCUUCAACAAUUACUGUGUGUAGUAGGAAACGAACAAAUCAAAGAAGUGAUAAUUCUGAUUAUAGCAAUACAUCGAAGUACAGUUAUGAUGUUACAAGUCCUAAUAUGGAAUUAGACACGGUUGAUGGACAGAACGACCAAAGUGCAACGCAGUCAUCAUCCUAUCAAAAUUCAGGAUUGCCUGAUAAUCAUCUACAGGAAAAAAAGCGCCUUGCACAACAAGAACAACAUCAACACUUUUGUCAGCAACAGCAAUUGAUUCAACAACAAUUUCUUCAGCAUAAACAGCAACUAAACCACACUCCAGCAGUGAACGGGCCAUUUUAUGAUUGUAAUAUACUGCCACAAGAAGCGACACAAUUUGAUUUAGCUAGUUUGAGCUCAGAAAUCCCUUUAUGGGAUGUGCCCAGCGGAGCCACCUGGAAUGAAUGGGAAUCAUUUUUGAAAUCCAAUGUGGACAAUCAAAAACAAUGAAACUGCUUCAACGAGCAAUAAUAAAACUACCCCCGUUUUUUUAUAUAUGUA